CUCUGAUCAAACUAAACAAGGUUAAAGUUCAACUCUCGCCAAUGUUCAAUGUAGAUCAGAAUCUACAUUUCUGGAUAUCUAUAACAAAAGGUUAUUAUUGAAAUCAUGGCAAAAACUGGACUCCUCAUCCUCACUCAACCUCUGACUCAUCUUCGGGCAUUGAUUCGUCCAUUAGUCCAAGAGGCAUCAAGUGUUGUCAGUGAUACACUCUAUGUCUGCUUACAACCAGCAUUACAGAAUCAAACUGUCACACAAAAUAUGAUUCUACAGCCUCUGCUGUGCACUCAUGAAGUUCAAGCAUUUGUUUCAGAUAUAUAUUUAAGUGGGUUCAAUAUUUGCCAGACUCUUGAUAUUCGGGUGUUGCUGUCACAUAUAUGUACAAAUCCUAAUAGCCACAGUAUUGUGCCUUAUUCAUUAAAGAAAGAAGUUUGUGUCUUGUUAUCAGACUCAUCACAUAUCAAAGAUACGUGGAACUCUAGCAGUCAGUCACUGACUGAUAUUUUAAGGAAUUCUUUUAAAAAUGUCAAAUCAGACCUGAAAUUUAACCUCAUCAACGCGGUCCCUGAGAGUCUUUCAAGUAAUAAUGUGCAAGUGUCUGGUGAGCUACUUCAGACUUAUGACAAUGUUGUCUUAGGAGGGACAUUUGAUUAUCUACAUACUGGUCAUAAACUCUUGCUCACCGAAAGCUGUCUGCGCUGUGAAAAGAAAUUAACUGUAGGCAUCACAGAAGGAGAAAGGAACCAAAAAAAAACUUUAUGGGAACUAAUGGAACCCUAUGCACAGAGAAAUCAACAUGUUGUUGACUUUGUGUUUGAUGUAAAACCCAACAUUCACUUGGAAACUGUAAAGAUUUUUGACCCUUUUGGACCAACUAUUACUGAUCCAGAUCUUCAAUGUAUAGUUGUGAGCAAAGAAACAGAAGCUGGUGGUGAAAUGGUUAAUGAAGAGAGACACAAACGAGGUUUCAGCAAACUGGACCUGUUUAGUGUAGAUUUAGUGGAUGAUGCAUGCCACUCAGAAACAGAAGAAUCUAAAGUCAGCUCUUCAUCUAUUAGGAAAAGAAUGCUUGGAACUUUAAUAAGACCUGUCCCUAACAGAAUGAGCCUAGCAUCAAGUCCUUACAGAAUAGCUGUGACUGGGGGUAUUGCCAGUGGCAAGUCUAAUGUUUGCAAAGAGCUAGAAAAACUUGGUGCCAAAACUGUCAACUGUGAUUUGCUAGGGCAUAAAGCUUAUGUUAAAGGUACCCCAGCUUAUGAAGCGAUUGUCAAAGAGUUUGGUACUAUAGUCCUCAAUGAUGUAGGCGAAAUCAGUCGACCAAGUCUAGGACAGUUAGUAUUUAAUGAUAAGAGCAAGCUUGAGAAACUGAACAGCAUAGUGUGGCCGGCUAUUCGACAGCUGGCUGAAGAACAGAUAGAAGAAUAUAAAAAAGCUGGUGUAAAGGUCGUAGUGUUGGAAGCAGCUGUACUUUUGGAAGCUGGGUGGGAUGAUAUGGUGCAUGAGGUGUGGACAACAUUUGUACCCAAAGAUGAGGCUUUGAAAAGAAUUAUGAGCAGAAAUGGAUUAAGCAGUGAAGAAGCAUUGAAAAGAGUUGACUCUCAGAUCUCUAAUGAAGAUAGGAUAUCUAAGUCUAAUGUGGUCAUCUGCCCACAGUGGGAAUAUGAAAUCACAAGAAAACAGCUUUUGAAAGCUUGGGAUCUGCUGCAAAAAAGAAUCAAGAAACUCCCAAACAAGCUUUAAAGUUAUUGGAUGCUAAAUAUUUGUACUGACCUAUCAUCCCAUGUGCCAUGUUAAUGCAUCAAGUCCUCAUGUAUCCAACAAUGUCAACAUCCAAGAAUUUUAUUUAUCACAGAUCUAAGAAUUAUUUCCCUUUACUGUAUAAUGAUAAUUUUUGCAAACCUUAGUGUAAGUCUUAUUUUUGGAACCUAAACAGAAUGUUUUCUUCUUUUUCCAUUUUAAUCAUAACAUAAACCCUAGCAACACGCAGAAUUAAAAACAUAAUGUUUUGUGCUUUUGGUGAAAAAUGCUAGCAAGAGGUGUGGGUCUCUUUGGUUUCAUUGAGGUGACCAUUGUGUAGGCCACAUUGUUGAUGUAUUUUACAGAUUUCUGUAUUUAUAAAUCAAAUUUUUAGCAAUAAGUAGUGCCCUUAAAUGUUUUACCAUUAGAAACAUUUUUUGAUUCAAUGAAUCAAUGUAUGUUUACAAGCAACUACUUUACAAAUUGUAUUAUAUAUUCUGAGGUUGGUUUGAAGAUUAUGCAAUGAAAAGCUUCAUCACUUGCAGUUUUUUUCUUAGUAUAUAGAUAUAACUGUUCAUUCUGGUCAUUUAUUAAAAGUGGAUCUUAUUUUGUAUACUUAAAUGUAUUUAAUAAUUAAAUUAUUCUUGUAAUUUUAAAAAUUCAACUUGUUGAGAAUCUUUUAGAAAUUAGUUUCAAUGUUUUAGCUCAGCUUAAGAUUGAUGAAUAAGUUGGUCAGAAAUAGAUGCACAGAACAUUUAUCAAAUUUAUUCAAUGUCCUCACUACUUUUGUCUAGUUUUUCAGUGUUUAUUCGCAGACACAUAUGCAUUGAACUAUACAUAACAUCAGCAUAUUUUUUUUAUAUCCCUAUCAUUAUGCAAUAAUUUUCACUCUCAGUAUAUAGUCAUCAGUUUAAGAUCUCUAAGUCGGUAGAGAAAAGCAGUUGUUUUUCUCAAACUUUGAUUUUCCAAUGUCUAAAAUUAGAAGAUGUAUAAAUCCUAGACAUUUGAAAAAAAACAAGUUAGUGCCUUCUUUUUAAAAAAAAUACUUUUUUGUUAUCGCAGAUGAACUCAAGGAUUUGUGUGAAUAAUAAAUAUGCAAACAAUACUAUUUGUUUUAUUACUCAU